GAAAGGUUGAGGGAGGGUGGAAAAUUUUCAGUUUGUAGAAUGAGAGGGAGGGAUGUUUUUCGUCCGUUUCCCCCCUCUCGAUACCCAUCUAGCUUACUACAACGCAUGCCCUAGAGUAAAUGCGCGCAUGCGGAAGACAAGGCGCGAAUGUCGAUGAGCAACUCGUUAAAAUCGCAUUUUGUUGUGUGUUGGAAGACGUGAGAACAUGCCUCCUACUAGGACUGAUCCCGAACGCUAAUAUCGUUCGUUAUCCUCUACAAUGAUUUAAGUCAAAUGAGAGAACACUUUCACCCUCUUUCGAUAUCGUAGUUUAUAGUAUUGUUUGCUGUAGAGGGAUAAAAGAGAACACGUGCUGACUGUACGGGUUAUGAUUCUAUUCAAUACAUUUUCCGGUUGGUUUGUGAUGACGACGAGUUUCUCUUUCACCAAAAGGAUGCUUAGACUGUCUUCAAUCCUAAUCGCCACUUUACUGUAUUUUCAAGCACUGGGCCAAGCACCAGAGCCUGAAUUUACGGGUCCUAUUAAAAGCCUUACUGUAACAGCUGGAAGAGAUGCAACUUUGCAAUGUGUUGUGAAUAAUCUUGGAAAUUAUAAGGUAGCUUGGAUUCAUGUUGACAAACAAACUUUGCUAACUAUACACACAUAUGUUAUAAUUAAAAAUUCAAGGUUUAGAAUAUCUCAUAAAGAUUUUAAAACGUGGUUCUUACAAAUUAAAAAUGUACAGCCUGAAGAUACUGGUUAUUAUAUGUGCCAAAUAAAUACACAGCCUAUGAAAAGUCAAGUUGGACAUUUAGCUGUAGUAGUGGCACCGGAAUUUCUGAAUGAGUUGACAAGUAAAAAUAUGACUGUAAUGGAGAAUACAAACGUGACUUUGACAUGCCGAGCUACUGGGAAUCCUCAACCAGAAAUUAAAUGGAAAAGAGAAGAUGGUCAAGGAAUCAUAUUGGGGCAAGAAAAGAAUGACAGAUGAAACAAAUUGAUUUCUUAUUUGACGUUAGUAGCAUUAUUGGACUUCGAUUUUCACUCAGAAAAUAUCAUGUGACGUUUUGUUUGAAAUUAUUUAUGUGCUAUUUGUCAUUUUUAUUGUAUGAAGAUUUAUCAUUUCACAUGUUGUGGUUAAAAUAAAUGGAACUAUCCUUGAAUUUAUUGUUGAGUUUUACAUUGGAUUCUCCUUCCACCAUAACUAUAUUUUAUUUAAAAAUUAUUUUUAUGUUUUAAAUUUUUUGCAUAUUUGAAUAUUGAAUUACAUUUAUUUUAUUUUUUUUUUGUUU